AUGACAACCGUGCAAUCCUACUACGAGCAGGCCUCAUCCUUCGACUGGAUUGACGCCAUUUCCGGAGAUAACGGGGGCAUUGACCCAAGGACAUUCAAAGUCCACCAGAUGGCAUCCCACCGCCAUCACGCCGAGUCCGACCAACAAGAGUCGGAAGAAACCCAAUCACCCCCACCAUCACGACGACCCUCCCUCGACUACCUGCGGACGAAUUUCCCGCUACAGCUGGAGCACGAACCUCCACUCUCGAGGCCGAACCUCAACGAAUCCUCGCUUUUUGAGCUGCACAACCAAAUCAGCCAAGAUUACCCGCGAGAACGGAGCUACGCCGACUUGCUCCCCGAAGAGGAUCGAGCCUCCGUAACCACGACUUCUACCGACACGGAGUACGAGCGCUGUAUGCUCCCAUUUUGUGGAGCCCUACCACCACCGUCCGAGGGAUCCUCUUCCACCACCACCAACGCCUCCUCCACCACCUCGUCGUCUUCGCCUGGAACCGCAGAGCCUGAGUGGCUCCCUUUGGUUCUUGGGCGAGUUAUAUCAAGCAAGGCCCGCAAGACAUGUCGGGCAUUGAAGGGAAAGCUAUCUGGGACUUCGACGUGA